AUGGGCAAAUGUCGUCAGCUGGGCGAGCAAGCGCGGAUAGCAACGAACUUGUUCAACGCUAUAGUCAUCAAUCUCUCUUAUCGCCUCGCGCCUGUCAAUCCUUUUCCGGCAGCACCAAACGACGUCUGGGAUGGACUCAAAUGGGUUGCCGCAAAUGCCCAUGUUCUCGGAGGCGAUCCACUUGCCGGAUUCAUUCUCGGUGGCUUGUCGGCCGGUGGCAAUUUGGCAGCGGUCACAGCACAAAGGAUUGCCGACGGCACCGGGGCACUGACUCCUCCGCUUACCGGUCUGUGGCCUUGCAACCCGAUAAUUGUGGAGGAAGACGUUGUUUCUCCCCAGUACCGCGACCUUUUCUUCUCCAGAGAGCAGAACGCGGACGCUGCACUCUUUAACAGAGCAAUUUUCACUCAGAUGAUGGCUGCGUAUGUGCCAGAAGCCAAGUCUCCAGACUAUUCGCCUUUCAACUCCAAAGCCCCGCACAAAGGAAUGCCUCCGACAUUUGUUCAGGUAUCCGGUGCAGACUUUGUCAGGGACGAUGGAAAUGUGUAUGAAAGAGCUCUGAGGGACCAUGGUGUCAAGACCAGGCUAGAGGUGUACCCGGGUGCUGUGCAUGCUCACAUUGCAUUGAGAGGGUUAAACUUCAAGUCGUCGAUCAAGGCCCACGUCGACGUUUUCAAGGGUUUAGCCUGGCUGUUGAAGGUACCAGUAUCAGACGAAGACAUCAAGAAAGAAUAG